AUGAACGCGGUCUUCUUCGGCAACCCCUUCGCCGUCGCCCAACUUGUCUACUCGGACCUGUCGACUCUUCUCGCGCGCGGCAAGGAAGGCAAGACGGCGCUCGAGAUUGGCCGCGAGCUGCGCGAAGAGAACCUUUGUACUGGCACGGUGUCGAUGCGCAAGAAACCCGUCGAGGUUGCCGCCGUGCUCGAAGACGCCGAGCGCUGGCGCGUGCUGCUGCUUGCCCGCGACUUGUCGAUGACGACGGCGCGCUUCUGUGCCGACUGCGGCGCACCCUUGUCGAUCGAGGACUUGAAGUGCUCCAAGGCGACGUGUGGCGUGGCCAAGGCCGUCCAGCCGCUCUUGUCCAGCGCCAAAAAGCUCUUCACCAAGCGGAAGUAG